GCCGCCGGAACUGAACCGCAGCGGAGAUAGCGGAAAGCAGGCACUCUCUCGCUGCUCAGGCUAACUCGCUUUCGGUUUCGGUUCGAGAUGGAGACCCGCUGCUCUGUGAGAAGCGCUCGGAGGUCCGGCAGCAGCCACGACUUCAAAAGUGGACUGUCCUUGUGGUUGGUGCUGUGGCUGGUGGCAGUGAAGCCAGGCGGGGCCACGGCUUGCCCUCGGCUGUGCGUUUGUUACCCAUCGCCCAUGACAGUGAGCUGCCAGUCCCAGAACUUCACCGCGGUGCCGGCGGGUGUGCCCUACGACUCGCAGCGCGUCUUUCUCCAGAACAACCGCAUCACAGAGCUCCGGGCGGACUCUUUUGGCUUUGAGACACAGGUGCUAUGGCUGUACAGUAACAACAUCACGUGGAUCGAGGCAGGAGCCUUCAGUAACCUCCGGGUGCUGGAGGAGCUGGACCUCGGGGACAACCCUCAGUUGCGACGCCUGGAAGGUGGAGCCUUCAGGGGCUUGGAGAAGCUGCAGAGCCUGCACAUGCACCGCUGCAAGCUGGCUGCUCUCCCCCAUGACCUCUUCCACAAGCUGUAUAGCCUGCAGUUUCUCUACCUGCAGGAGAACCAGCUCCACUUUCUGCAGGAUGACCUGUUCUCUGACUUGGUCAACCUCACCCAUCUGUUCCUGCAUGGAAACCGUAUCCGUGCCUUGUCUGAGAAUGUGUUUCGAGGCCUGGUCAACCUGGACCGCCUCCUUCUCCAUGACAACCGCAUCAGGCAGGUCAACCGUAGGGCCUUCCGCGACCUGGGCCGCCUCACCAUCCUCUACCUGUUCAACAACUCUCUGGCGGAGCUGCCGGGACAGGCCAUGAGAGAUACCCAGGGCAUCCAAUUCCUCCGCCUCAACGCUAACCCCUGGUCCUGCGGAUGCGAAGCGCGUCCCCUCUGGGAGUGGUUCCGCAAGGCCCGGAUCUCCUCCUCUGAGCUGGUCUGUGCCUCACCGUCUCCACGUCGCGGCCAGGAUCUCCGCUUCCUCCGGGAGAUGGACUUUGCCCUCUGCCCCAUGCCAGACCCAGGCUCCCUUGCCGGGUCCACCACCACCACUUUCAGCACUAAGACCCGCUGGUGGUUCUCCAAGCAUAAGCCGGCGUCCUCGUCCAAGUCCAUGUACCAGAAGAGCACCGAGACGGUCAAGGCAUUCCCCUUCUCCUCAGGCAAGCCCCAGAGCUUCCCCAAAGGCCCUGUUUCCACCUCCUUCUCCUCCAAGUACGAACUCUCCGAGGAUGAGGUUGCGCUGCCCAAACUGGACCAGGAGGAGUACUGGGCCAACUACGGCAGCGAAGAUGCUUCCAUCCGCUGCUUGGAGCUUGAAUGUCCUCCAGGCUAUGACAGCUCAGCCUUCUCCCCGUCCUCCUCCUCCCACACCACCCCGUCGCUCGUCUUCCUCCUCCUCUCCCUCUCUGUAGUGACCCUCUCCCUCACUCUCCUCUUUGGCUGA